AUGUCGAAGGACAAAUACCAGAAGCAGUGGGAGGUUCUCUCCCAGCGAAUGGAGAAAGUGAAUUCAGAGCUCCUCUCCCUCACCUAUGGUACUCUCGUCACGCAGCUUCUGAAAGACUUUGAGCAGAUUGACGCCAUCAAUGCGCAGCUGGAGAAAAUGGGCUACAACAUUGGCAUCCGCCUCGUCGACGAAUUCCUGGCAAAAACUGGGAUGGGAGGAUGUACUUGCUUCCGACAAACUGCAGACGUCGUUGCCAAACUAGGCCUCCGAAUGUUUCUCGGCGUCACGGCAGACGUCACCAACUGGGACGCCGACGGGACGUCCUGUUCCCUCAUUCUCCACGAGAAUCCUCUCGCCGACUUUGUCGAACUUCCUCCUUCGCUUUCGCAACUUUCCUACUCAAAUCUCAUUUGCGGAGUCAUCCGAGGAGCCCUCGAACAGUUGCAGAUGAGAGUCACAUGCCAGUUUGUGCGCGACAUGCUCAAGGGCGACGACUGCUACGAGAUUCGCCUAGAGCUGACCGAGCUGAUUCGCGAGGAAUUUAUCGAUGACGAAGACAACUGA